GCGCCGCGUCGUCCCCGUCGCCGCCCGAGGGGAGCCUGGGAGCGCGUCGUCGCGCUCUCCCGCGGGGCCCGGGCUGCGGCGGCGCGGAGGCGGCGGCGGCGGCGUCCGGCGGCUGCGGGGCGCGCUCCUCCCCGGCCUGCGCUCGCCCCGCGCCUCCUGCUCCUCCUCCUGCUCCUCGUCGGCGCCCGGCUCCGCGAGCUGCGAGCGGCAAGAUGGCGGCGCCCAGGCCGCCGCCCGCCCGGCUGUCCGGCGUCAUGGUGCCCGCGCCCAUCCAGGACCUGGAGGCCCUCCGCGCGCUGACGGCGCUCUUCAAAGAGCAGCGGAACCGAGAAACGGCACCCAGGACUAUCUUCCAAAGAGUCCUGGACAUCUUGAAGAAAUCUUCUCAUGCUGUUGAGCUGGCCUGCAGAGACCCUUCCCAAGUGGAACAUCUCACUUCCAGUCUGCAGCUAAUAACAGAAUGCUUCCGGUGUCUCCGAAAUGCCUGCAUAGAGUGUUCCGUGAACCAGAAUUCCAUCAGGAACUUGGAUACAAUUGGCGUCGCUGUCGAUUUGAUUCUUCUUUUCCGUGAACUGCGGGUGGAACAGGAAUCCCUGUUGACAGCAUUUCGCUGUGGCCUGCAGUUUCUAGGCAACAUCGCCUCACGGAAUGAAGAUUCGCAGUCUGUCGUGUGGGUGCACGCUUUCCCAGAACUCUUUCUGUCUUGCUUAAAUCAUCCAGACAAGAAAAUUGUUGCCUACUCGUCAAUGAUUUUGUUCACCUCCCUGAACUCUGAGAGAAUGAAAGAACUGGAAGAGAAUCUGAACAUCGCGAUUGACGUCGUCGAAGCUCACCAGAGGCAGCCCGAGUCGGAAUGGCCGUUCUUGAUUAUUACAGACCAUUUUCUGAAAAGCCCGGAAUUGGUGAAAGCCAUGUAUGCCAAAAUGAGCAAUCAAGAAAGAGUCACCUUGUUGGACCUUAUGAUAGCGAAAAUCGUGGGUGAUGAGCCACUGACCAAGGAUGACAUCCCUGUGUUUUUGAGCCAUGCCGAGUUGAUUGCAAGCACGUUUGUGAAUCAGUGCAAGAUCGUGCUGAAACUGACCUCUGAGCAGCACGCUGACGAUGAGGAGGCGUUGGCCACGAUUAGGCUUCUCGAUGUCUUGUGUGAAAUGACCGCCAACACCGAUCUGCUCAGCUAUCUGCAGGUUUUCCCUGGCUUGCUGGAAAGAGUGAUUGAUCUUUUACGACUGAUUCACGUGGCUGGCAAUGACACUGCGAACAUCUUCAGUACCAGUGGUUGUGUAAAAGCAGAGGGUGACGUCUCAAACGUGGCUGAAGGUUUUAAGUCUCAUCUUAUUCGUCUGAUUGGAAAUCUGUGUUAUAAGAAUAAAGAUAACCAAGACAAGAUGACAGCAAACAACACUGAGGGCCAGAGAAGUUAAGUAUCUGUGCCCAGGACCACACAGCUGUUGAGAGACAUGAGUAAGAGAGACUUUGUUAUUUAGGCUGCUUGGAUUGGGGUGGGGUGGGGUGGGGUGUAUUGGUUCCCACAGGACAGAUUAACCUAUCCCAGCUGGUGUGAGGGUCAGUGUGGAAGGGACUGGGACAGGAGGACUCCCCCAUCCCAUCCUGGGGAGGAGAAGGCAGUUAGACUUUGGCCACGGGCAUCUGGAGUGGAGGGAAGCCUGAUUGGGGCACGAAGAGAAGACAGGACAUGAAGGGACCUGGCAGGAAGAAGCCCAGAGAGGCAGGGCUGCUGGGGACAUGGCUCUUGGCGGACCAGCCGUGGGGAGAAGUGAGCGAGCGGCUCGUAGAGGCCUGACCGUGGCCAGGACCGCCUCGGCAGUUUGAGCUGCCGUUGAAGUACCAUCUGGAAUAUGGCGGGGCUUCUCCUCACUCCUGGGCACCUGCGUGAGUGCUCCGGCCGCUCUAACGAAUGAAGAUUUCCAAAUACGACUGUUCUCGAACCGUGAAACUCCUCCAAGCUCUUGCUUACUGGCGUAUCUAUCUGCUUUUUCAUUCCCUUCUCCCCUUUAUAGGAAGGUUGGAAAAGCAGUAAUUGAUGCAAUUGUACUAUAAGAGGUAUAAACUCCUUUUAAAAGUGAAAGUUAACUGUGGUGCAGGCUUGUGAUACAGUUUGUGCUAGGAAACAUCUUUUUCCUUCUUAUGGAACUUGCAAAUGCAGCGAAUAAGACGUUUUAUACAAGCCUUUUAUCAUCUACUUCUUCCCUGCUUUUGCAUAGUCAUUAUUAGUGAUUACACAAAAAUCUGUUCUAAGCUACACCCCAGGGAAUGGCAGAAGUUGGUUGGUCGUCUAAAUGGUCUCUAAUUAAAGUUGAAAAAAAUUAGGUUGUCGUAGAGGUAUUUUUCAAAUGUUGGCUAAAACAGAGGAGGCUGGUUUAAGAGCAGUGGGGUUGAAAUGGUACUUAAAUGGAUUAAAGUUUAAUUUGUUUUUUUAAAAAACCACAUCUGUCUGGGAUGUUGCAGGUGCGGUACUAAUUUUCAGCAGGUGAAUGGACCAGGUGAGCCUUUGCCUUCUGACUCCCAGGGAUUUCUGAUCCUUAAACAAUUUCCUAUUUAAACCUAUGUUUUUACUUUGCUUUAUGGUUUAAAUGAGCUGAACAACGAAAAUCAGUCAUCAAAAUGAUAUUGUACUCAUAACAAUUACAGAAAUAGAGGCUUGAAGUUAUUGGCGGGGGGGGGGGGGUUGUAAAUUAAUUCCUUCUGUCUGUGCUGGCUUUGGUCAUGGCAUUUCUGAAGCUGCUUUUGUAACCCUUUCCCCCUCGGAUGUCUCCCUUGACUGGUCUGUAUUUCUUGAGGGGCAGUUACCUACUAGCGUGUGUGUGUGCGUGCGUGUGUGUGCGUGCGUGUGCGUGUGCAUCCGGCCUGAUGGAGGGUCUGGCUCAGAAUAGGCCCUCACACCUUCAUGGAUGCCUCUCCCCUGCCAACCAGAGGGGUGACUGUUUCUUACUUACCUUCGCAAUAAUAGGUGACGGAUAAAGCAGACCAUUCCAGUCGGGUGCAGGAUCCUUUGACUACUACAUCUUCUUCGCUUAAUAUUGUUGAUCGUACACACACUUGGUGACAUCUUUGAAUGUGUCUCUGAACUGUAUCGUUCUUUAGUAAAAUGGUAUUCUCACCCUGACUGGCUCGACUGUAAUCAGAUAUGUGCCCUUGGACUUGCUGGGCCUUCCUGGAUGUACA